CGGGAGUCGAAUACUGGAAGUGGGAUGCGGGCAGGGGGAUAUGACUGCUGUUCUGGCUGCUGCUGUCGCCCAGGAGGGAGGGAAGGGUCAGGUCGUCGCUGUCGAUCCUGCGCCUUUGGACUAUGGUGCACCAUUCACGAUCGGCGACGCCCAAGCGCAUCUCUCCUCCGGCCCCCUAGGAGCUCACAUCACAUGGGUGCAAUCCUCUCCAAUUGACUAUCUCUCAUCCUCCAGCCAGUUCGACACUGCUGUCCUCGCCCACUGCUUGUGGUACUUCUCCUCCCCUUCCCUGCUGCUCAGUACUCUCCGCGCCCUCCGAGCACGCUGUACCAAUCUCUGCAUAGGCGAAUGGAGCCUCUCUGCUUCUCUGAAGGAGGGGCAAGCACAUGUGUUCGCCGCGCUUACGCAGGCUGCGCUGGAAUGCCGCAAGCCAUCGAGCGAGUCUAAUGUCCGCACCGUCCUCUCCCCCUCUGCUAUCAAAACCUUGGCACAGGAAGCUGGCUGGUCACUCGAGUCGGAGCGUAGCAUCACACCCGAGCUUCGGUUGCUAGAUGGGAGAUGGGAGGUAGGAGAUGUGCUCGACCCUGCGUUUGAGGAGGAAGUGAAGGAGAACGUGCAGGAUGAGAGGGAGAGGGGGGUCAUCUUCGCCCUGCGGGACGCCACCCAAGCCGCUGUGGAUAGAGUGGAAGGGAUGAAGGGGGUGGGAUGUAUGGAGGUUUGGGUUGCUGUGUUUGUUUGACGCGCUGCGGGGCAGACAUCUAGGAGAUUGAG